AUGAAUUUCCAGGAUGACGAUGAAGCCCCACGUGCCAAAAGGAGAUUCGAAAAGAUCAAUGCGAAAUUCGAGAGGUUCAGCAUCUCGGGUGAUGACGAAGGCAAUAAGCAGCCUGAGAUGGAUACAUCUGACUCGGACGCUGAUGACGAUGAUCUUGCUGAUGAUGAAUGGUUUGCUAAUGAUGAGUUUACUGAUGAUAAACCAGCGCAAGUGAUAGUGGAGGAGCCAACCGAUGAACCGAAUCAGUUGCUUCUCAAUGACUGUCUACAACGCUACUUAGACCUCAUGAAGCAAACGAAUGGGAUUAGUAUACCAACGAGGUAA